AUGGAGGAGCAGAAGAGCUUUGAAGUGGAAACAAAUUAUGAGGAAUUGAUUCGAGUCACCAAAGCGUUAUCAAUAUGUUUAUGUGUCGGCGUCAUCUUAUUCAACGUGGCACCAUUAUUCAACUUUAUGAUGACCUCCUAUACUACCGAUGAUGAAGUUAAGUUUGACUAUAAGCUGCCCUAUCCUGUAUGGUAUCCUUUCAAAGUGAACACUCCUGGCAUGUAUGCAAUGAUAGUUUUGACUCAAGGAGUAGUCGAUGUUACGAACGAAAUUUUUAAUGUUUCGGUGUUUAUAAGUUUCUUCAGUUUGGUAGCACUGCUAUGCUCAAUCGGGAUGAAUAUGCUCGGCGAAUUUCAACUUUAUGAUAUCAUAAGGCAGAGUUUGCUACUGGUGUCGUCUUUAUGUGACCUAUACUACGUGUGUAAAUAUGCUGAUGAUAUGAAAACAUCGAGCCUGGAUAUGAGUGAUGCGUUAGCCGAGCAUCCUUGGUACAACGGCAGCGUAUAUUACCAACGCAUGUUAUUAUUUCCCAUGGCCAGAGCACAGAAGCCAGCCAGAUUGAUGGCUUAUAAAUUUUUCGCCGUCUCAAUGGAAAGUUUUCAAUCGGUACUAACGAAAUCAUAUCAGUUGCUCACACUAAUUAAAGCUCGCUUUGACGUGGAAUGA